AUGUCUUCGUCUCUAGCGGAUGUCUUUGGCUAUUCCGAAGACAGCCAAAGCAACACGGUAGCCCUUGUGCGGAGAGUAGAGCAACGCGAUGAAGACGACCCAACUCGCAGUCGGGAUUUGGCGUUUCCAAAUGAUCUGGAAAUCCAGCAAUGCCUCGAUAAGAUCCCCGACGGCCCCAUCUUAGACUUCUUGAUCAAAUAUUUUGCGCGCGAGGUGAAUUGGAUGGACCAGCUUGUUCAUCUUCCGUGGAUUCUAGCCCAAUACCAACAUUGGCGGACCAUCAAGGUACCAUCAUCUAUCUUCGAGAUCGAAUUCACCGUUCUCACCCUGCGAAUCUGCUCCUAUACAUCUGAAUUCCUCCCUUCUCCGUCCUGCACCGUUGAACAGAUCCAGGGCAUCUCGUUGGCAGACAUUCGCCCCGCCUGCGACGAAGCGGCGGACCGUCUUGCGGAACUCUGUCUUCGUCUCGAUUCGAAGGGGAGUCUUCUCCGCGUCCAGCACCUAGCAUUUGCUGGAUUAAAGGCCAAGUGCGAAGGACGGAUGAGCGACUUCCGAAAUGCCCUGAGGUCUGCGAUUCAGGAGAUGGGCGAGUUGGAGAAAGAAACGCGGCGCAGAGUAUUCUGCAACCUGUACACAUGGGAUAGUCAUCUAUCCCGACAACUAGACCGGAUUCCUAUUCUCCCGGGUGUACUAGAGCCAGAGAACAUGCCGCGUACGCACCUUGGUCCCGAUACAAAUGACAGCGACGCGCAUGGUCUCGACGGAUUCACCUCGCGCAUGCUACAAGCCCGACUGGCUAAUUUCUGGAAACGCACGGGUCCAGCAUUGGGGUCUACAUACGACAUGCCCGCCGCCGAAGAGCGAUACGAAAAACUAUGCGCCGAGUUCCUACCCACGCUACCAUCCGCGUUCGCCCUCCAGGAACCAAACAAGCAGUGGGACCAGCGCCUGCCCAGACUUCCGCAACAACGAGAGAUGCUGUUUAUCUCUAUAUUCGAGUCUAUUUGCUAUAACUUCCAACCGGUCCUUCUGCUCGAGAUAGCCCAGCAGGACCUUCCUAGGUACAAGCAGGUCUUGGUAUCAUCGCAACGAAAAGCGUUGGCUGUUUCUGCGCUCUAUGUUCUGCAGGGGGUCUCUCGUCUACAUUCGCUGAUUGGGAGCGCUCAAACGCGGUAUACCGGAAUCAUUCAGCCGACGUUUGAAGCCGCGGUGCUGUUGGUCUCGCUGUGUAUAGAUCAAAGCUUCCCAGGAGCUGAGGGUUUCGAAAACCAAGACCUUGAUCCUAGGAUUAGCACCAGGGUUGAUCCUCUACGAGCCGGCAUUGUGAAUCUGAGACGAGACGAGUGCAUCCACGCUAUCCGGAACGCACUCAGUCGCCUGCUGAUGCUAGGGGAAGCCAGUAUGAUGGCAGCCGUCGGAGCGCAAACCCUUGCCAGACUGCUGCGCAAAGUGGCCACGCAGCCCGCAGCACAGGAAGGAAAAGCAGGCGGAGGAAGGUCAGCGCGGAUUCCUUUGCCGGGAUCCAAGGAUUCGCAUCCCCCUGUGUCUUUGGCGGCUUUUGAUGUAGACAUGAAUCUGAGCAUGAACUGGGAUGUCUUGGCUUCUGAUCUUUGA